CAAGCUUGGCAAGUGGCGUGGAAAGCCAUGGAAACUAGCUACAACACGGCACCGAUCGGUGCUGGAACCAGUGAAUUCGAUAUCAACAUGUUCGACCAGUAUGUGUACAAGACGUUUCACACACCAUCGUUCGGCGACGACGAGUUCGAUAUACAGUCGAUGAACAGCCACCUGCAGCAAACGCAGCAGCAGCAGCCACAGCAGCAACAACAGUCGCAGCAGCAGCAGCAGCAGCAUCAUCAGCAGCAUCAACAGUACCAGAUGCACAGCAGUUCGCAGCAACAGUCCGGCCAUCUGGUGGGAAUGCUGCAGGAUCAGCAGCAGUCGGGAUACGGCCAAUGGCAUCAGGAUAUGAACCAUCACAGCCCAUAUACGCUACAGUCGCCGAACCAGCCCACCUACCAUCAGCUGAACGCUAGUCCGAACAACAAUCCCACGCUGCACGUGAUGCAGCCGCCACAGCAGUCACCCUCGAUGGUACCACCCGCGCAGCAGCAGCAGCAGCAGCAGCAACAGCUAUCCCCUCAGCAGCAGCAGCAGCAGCUCGUUGGCGGAAAUGCGCUCAGCUUCAUUGGGCGCUCGCCACCCCAGAAUGGUGUCGGGCAGGGCACGGAGAACGGUACCACCAGCGACGACAGCGACGACACGAUUCCGGCAAACUCCCUGAAGCGUCCGUCGUCUGAACCAUCGUACGGUGAGGAUGCGCUGGUUGGUACGGCGGCCGGUAUGAAGGCGUCGGCGGCGGCCGCCGCCGCUGCCGCUGCAGCUGCUGCCAAGAAGCCCAAGGUCACCAAGAAGAAGAAAAAAAGGGAUCCGAACGAGCCGCAGAAACCCGUCUCUGCCUAUGCACUGUUUUUCCGCGAUACGCAGGCAGCUAUUAAAGGCCAAAAUCCGAACGCCUCGUUUGGGGAAGUUUCCAAAAUCGUUGCCUCCAUGUGGGACGUACUAGCAACGGAGCAUAAAAAUGUGUAUAAGAAGAAAACGGAAGCUGCUAAGAAAGACUAUCUGAAGGCGCUCGCCGCCUAUCGGGCGAGUUUAGUAUCAAAGGGCACUGAAGGGGAACAGCAACAACAAUCACCACAACAAUCAAUCUACUCCCCGCCGCCACAAGCAACGCUGCAGCAGAAUCAGCAACCACAGCAGCAUCACCAUCAGCAGCCCCAACCGCCACCCCAGCAGCAGCAGCAUCAACUGCAGCCACAACAGCAACAACAUCCGCAACAGCAGCAUCCCCAUCAGCAGCAGCAUCCACAUCAACAGCAGAACAAUCAUCUGGUGAACCACUCGAAGCAUUCGCCCCAGAAUGGACCCGCGCAAGCCUCCGGCCAUCUUCAGCACAUGCAAGGGCUGCAACAGGCUCAACAGCAGCAGCAGCAGCAGCAGCAACACUCAAAUUAUGCACCAUCGUACGCAUCGUCGUACAAGCCAUCCCAGCAGGCGAUGAUGCAAAUGUCGCAUUCGCAUCAGAAUCUACACACCGGUCAGCAGCAACACCAAAACGCCGCAUCGCACAUCCACGGGCCCAUGAUACAGAUGAACUCGCAACAGCAGCAACAGCAGCAGCAGCAGCAACAGCAGCAGCAGCAGCAGCAGCAGAUACUAUCGCAUCAACAGCAGCAUCAGCAGCCGCAACAGCCGCACAUGAGCAUGGCUCAGCAGCAGCACCCAUCGAUGAUGAACCUGCCGAUGGCCGGUCAGCCACACUACAUGAACCAGCAGAUGUCCCACCAGCAGCAGUUACAGCAGAUGCAGCAGCAACAGUUCCAACAGCAGCACCUGCUGCAGGAACAGCAGCAGAUUCAGCAGCAGCAUCAGCAACACUUACAGCAAGAGCAACAGCUGCACCAUCAGCAGCAACUGCAUCACCAACAGCAACAACAACAACAACAACAACACCAUCAUCAGGAUAUGAUACAGGCGCAACAGCAAGAGCAGGAUCCACAACACCUGCAGCUCGUUCCUAUGAUGCACCAUCCUACGCAACAAUUGCAUCACCAACAGAGCUCAGUUGUAGACGAUCUGAUGGGAACGCCGCAGCCACAACAGCAACUGCAACAGCAGCCACAGCAACAGCAGCUGCAGCUCCAUCAACAGCAGCUGCAACAACAGCCAUCAACAUCAUCAAACACACAGGCACUACAACGCUCCUGUCCGUCCAAAACGCAGAUAGUGAAACCAGCAGCGGCAUUGCAACAGAAAUGUAUCCGACAGGGUUGCACCAAUGCUGCGAUUGAGAACCUAGACUGGGAGGAUGAGUACUGCAGUCAGGAGUGUGUCGUCGCCCACUGUCGCGCUGUUUUUGCGUUGUUUCAAAAAGAUUGCCUUCAAGGAAAUGGUCCUUCGCAGCAGCAGCAGCAGCAGCAACAACAACAGCAGGCACUGCCGUCAGUGAAAUAGAUGCCUUAGACCCUUUCU